CUCUGACAAAGGGCAGUAGUGCCAUGUCGUAGCUCGAUUGCGUUGAAUAAUGCACGGAAUGUCACGUAAUACGCAUUUAUAACACUCGGUUUAAAGCAAUACUAUGACAACGGAUUAGUGGAAGAAGAUCAUCAGUAAAGUACAAUGGCCUCUGAAGUGGGAGUUGAUCCUUAUGACCAAGUGUCCGGAUCUCCACCACAAACCAACACGACGGGGAAAAAGUCGUGGGACGAAUUACGGAAGUGCGUGCGGGAUACACGCAAACUUCUGACAGCUUUAGUAAGCAGUGUGCCAACGUCGUUCACAUUCAGAAAUAUCUCUACAGACAAUGGAACCGUAACAAGACUAUACUUUCUAGGAGUGCCAAUCAAGGGUCGGGAAAACACAUUGCUGUAUGUGGAUCUACCGUCUGAUUUUCAGGAUUAUGUGUUACCAUGGCAAUCAUUACUGGACUCCUUCCAGCCAUCAUCAGGGCAACUGUCUCGAGAAGAGCAGUUGAUGAGGGAGAGGAAGAGGCUUGGGAUAUAUGGAAUUACCUCAUACGAUGUUGUCGAGGAGGAGGGGAAGUUUGUGUUCCCAGCAUGUAGCAGUCUUUUUACUUGCGUGGACAACACCAUGGAUUGUCAUCUUGAAGAUGACCGAGUGAUCCUCCCGACGGCUAUCAGCACAAGUUGUUUAGGAGCUCGUCUCGACCCGAAAAUCUGCCCCCUGGAUACCAACCUGGUGUGUUUCAUUCACAACGGGGAUCUGUGGAUCACACAUCUCAUUAGUGGGCAGGAGAAGAGACUCACGUUUGUUCAUAAAGGUGAGGGGGGACUUGCAGCUGACCCAUGUGUGGCGGGGGUGCCAUCAUUCGUGGUUCAGGAGGAGUUUGACCGAUACACAGGGUACUGGUGGAUGCCCAGAGUCCCACAGUCGACAGAUGAAGCCACCACAUUCAGGAUUCUGUAUGAGGAAGUAGAUGAGUCCGAUGUGGAGAUUCUUCAUGUGUUUGCUCCAGUGACGGACGACCAGGGUAUCGACGAGUACAGGUACCCUCGUGCAGGCACCACAAAUGCCAGGAGUACUCUGAGGAUUGUAGAGUUUGAAGUGGGGCAAGAUGGUUCACUGCUGGACACAGUGGUGGAGCGGCAUAUGCUGGAGCCGCUGUCGAGUUUCUGUCCGUGGAUGGAGUACAUCGUGAGAGCUGGCUGGACUCCAGACUCCAAGUACGUCUAUGCCCAGGUGUUGGACCGAGAACAGAAGCAGCUGGCUGUCAUCCUUAUCCCCUUCGAGUACUUCAUGCCCGUAUCCUCCGACAUUGAGAUGAGCAGCUUUGACACCAGCACUUAUCCCCCUUUGCAGUUCAUCUACAGAGGGACGUCCACGAUCUGGAUCAAUGUUCAUGACGUCCUUCACUUUUUCCCACAAUCCUCCACGGAUGAGAUCAGCUUCCUGUGGUCCAGUGAAAAGAGUGGGUACAGGCAUCUGUAUCAUGUGACGUCCAAACUCCAAACACCGCCACCUGAUACAAACCAUGCAAUGGAGCUGGAAGACAGGUCUCACGACUUCCUCCAGAGUCAGAUGGUGAGAGAGGUGGCAGUAACCGGGGGUGACUGGGAGGUGAACGGGAAACAGAUAUGGGUGGACGAGCAGCGCAAACUGGUGUACUUCAAUGGGCUGAAGGACUCUCCCCUUGAAAUGCAUUUGUACUGUGUGUCGUACAACUCGCCCAGUGAACCAGUCCGACUCACCCAGCCUGGUUUCAGCCACGCUGUCUCGUUAGAUAAGGCCUGUUCUCUGUUUGUGUCUGUGUACAGCUCGAUCCAGCACACACCUCGAUGUAAGGUGUACCGUAUCUCCCAUGGAGACCAUCCCCCUCAACACACACAGGCUGAGCCUUGUGGUACUGUGAUAAGCUCUACAUCCUGUCCGGAGUACCGAGCCCCGGUGUUAUUCAGCUACCCGAGUAAGAGUGGCUACACCAUGCACGGCAUGUACUACUACCCCCACAACUACGACCCCGGCACUCGCUACCCCACAGUCCUGUUUGUAUAUGGGGGACCCCAGGUGCAGUUGGUCACCAACGCCUUCAAGGGACUCAAAUUCCUGCGACUACACACGUUGGCUUCCCAAGGAUACGCUGUCGUCACGAUAGACGGCCGGGGUUCAUGUAAUCGGGGCCUUCAGUUUGAGAGUCAUAUCAAGGGGAAACUGGGAACUGUAGAGAUAGAAGAACAGGUCGAGGGUCUGCUCUGGCUGGCUUCCAAAGAAGACUUCAUUGACAUUACGAGAAUAGCUAUACAUGGCUGGUCUUACGGUGGCUACUUGGCACUGAUGGGGCUCGCUCAGAGACCGGAUAUCUUCAAGGCAGCUAUAGCAGGUGCCCCAGUGGUUAACUGGAUCCUGUACGACACAGGCUACACAGAGCGCUACCUGGACGUCCCACAAGCCAACAAGGACGGCUACACCAACGGCUCAGUCCUCAGCUACAUAGACAGGUUCCCUGAUGAAGAGAAUCGCCUACUCAUCAUCCACGGCCUGAUCGACGAGAACGUCCACUUCCACCACACCAGUCACCUGGUCAACGCCCUGGUCAAGGCCUGCAAGCCCUACCAGCUCCAGGUGUACCCAAACGAACGCCACGGGAUCCGCAGCCACGAGUCCAGCGAACACUAUAAGACAAUGGUCCUCAGCUUCUUGCAGAACAACCUGUGAACAAUGGGACCCACAGCCAGGAAUCCAGUGAAGGGGAAGUAACGGUCGGCCAGCUUGCAGACAUGUACACUUGGAGACUGCAACAGCCUUGGAGAAAAUCUUUCCUUGAACACUAACGGUUAUAUUUGUCACUAAUUUAUACAAUAGUUGUGCCAACUGCAUGGGAAUUUCUGGUUCACUGUUUUAUACCAUCUGUCUUCUUGUUCUUACAAGGUACCAAGAACCUUGCCAUUUGCACUGAAGAGGAUGAAAGAAUAUUCAUAUCGCAUUGUCUGGAGAGCCGUUCAAGUGCCAUAAAGUACACACCUUGUUUUA